CGCUCAUUUUCCUGAUUAUUUUAUUUACAUUGGGCGUUUUGGUUUCUAUAAAAUCAGCUCCCAUUUCUUCCCAAAACCUCUCCUCCUCCAUUUCCUCUCUGUAAUCUCUCUGUUUCUCCUCUGUUUUUUUCCCCAGAAAACUUGCAGGUGUUUUUUAAUGUUUCCAUUCUUGUUCUUUCAUGCUUUGUAUUCAUGUCUCCUGUAGUCAGUGAGAUCCUUCUCUCUGGUUACAUUAUCAACUCCACUCUCCGCCGCCGCACCCAUCUCGUUCAGUCUUUCUCUGUUGUAUUCCUCUACUGGUUCUACGUCUUCUCAUGAACUAGCCUCCCAUUUCCCUCUUUCAAUCUCCUAAAUUUUCCACUAGUCGAACGAAAUUACCAUCUGGGUUCUUUAAUUCGUGCCAUUUCAAGCAAGACCCAUAUCGAAUUUCCAUCCCCUUUAUCCAAAAGAAGAGACUACCUACCUUCUCUGUUUAAAACACGACCGGAUUCAAUGGCGUCUCCGGUAGGAAGUUCAUCAGGAUCUCCGAGCUUCGACGAAGAUCUGCGACUAAUCGUGGAUCAGAGGAAGAGGAAGAGAAUGAUAUCGAAUCGAGAAUCGGCUCGCCGAUCUAGGAUGCGAAAACAGAAGCAGGUCGACGAUCUGACGGCUCAGGUGGGCCAAAUCAAAACAGAGAAUGAGCAAAUCGCCGUCAACAUCAAUUUCACCACCCAACUUUACCUGAAUCUGGAGUCGGAGAACUCGGUGCUCCGGGCACAGAUGGGGGAGCUCCACUACAGAUUGGACUCGCUGAACGAAAUCAUAAAUUUCAUAAACUCGAGUACUAGAAACCCGUAUGAUCCCGAGCAUUAUGGUGAAGUUUCUGGCAUUGAUGGGUUGGUUGAUUCUUGGGGAUUCCCCGUUCUCAACCAGCCAAUCAUGGCCGCUGGUGACAUGUUCAUGUGCUGAAUCAAAAAAAUGAAAAAAAAAAACGAACAAAAACAGGGUGGUUUCAUCAUUGUUAUCGGUACUUGGGAUUGUUUAAUAUGGAUAAUGUUCUACUUUGAAAUGUAAUGAAUGUAGCUUCAAUGAUAAUUAUAAGUUUAAUUGGAAAAAUGGGAGGCCCCAUCCGUUGUUCUUUUA